AUGGCCAAAUUUAGCAGCAGAGCUGCCUUGGCGUUUUGCGCACUAGCGCUCUGUUCCAUCACGCGUCUAGCUACUUCUACUUGCUUUUUUGACAACCCAAAUGGCCUACUCAGCAGCAAUGCUCUUGUCACGUGUCACGAAGACCUCGAAGUCGCCUACAACGCAACUGCUAGAUGCCCUCUGCGAGUCAAUGGUAGUGAUUAUAUAUGGCAUCCUCGCCCAAUUACGGAUGGUAGCGGUCAUAUCAACGCGUAUGUCGGUGAAAAUGGCAAGUUACGUUCUGCUCCUCUUUCGAAUGUAAUACGUACGGAAGAUAAAUACCCAUUUAUCUGGUUGGAAUCUGAUGCUUCGCGAACGGAUAUUAAGUUCAAAAAGCCACUCAACGAGAUGAUUGCGCUUACUGAGAACCGUUUGAUAUUUAUCUGCGGCCCUCGAAGUCUGGUUUUAAGCGAUGCCUUGCAGCGCCAUAUUUACCAUUUCAGUGUUACUCAACCGAAGAGACUUCCUUGGACUCCAGUCACUCCAAUGACUCAGGAAAUAUCAAAGAUAGGGCACGGGUUGGGCGUGUUUUUCUUGAACAGAGGAACCGUGCAUCUACCGCUUCAGGGCUGUGGCAGCCGCCCCUCACCGCUUUUUGCUGUGGAUGAUGAGGUGACAGUGGACCCCGUAACAGGGACCCGUUCGUGUGUGGCAGAUCCGAUGUCGAAAUCACCUAUCGGUUUUUUGUGCGAAGGCCGUGUGGAACCUGAUGAUUGCAUGAGAUUCCUCUUAGAUGCGAAUGGCGGAGUUGUGACUGCUCCUACGCCACGUUACGAUAUGACUUCCAGUUUCCAUCGACCUUGGUCUGUGGCUAAAUAUUUUCACCAAUUAGCAUUACCACCGUUCAAUGGCGAAUGCAGGUGCACAGACCCCAAAACCGGUCGGGUGAAGGCCAAGAUUGAGAUCCGUUCGAAAACCGAAUACGUUUGUGACAUUGCCAGGAUGAUCGAACGCAACCGUGCAAGUCCGAUCAGCGGCCCUUGGUGUUCGGUUGUACUCCACCCAGGCAGCACCUUGACCAUAAGGUUUCCAACGACGGAUGGCGAUUCGGCGUCUUACGAUCAUUCCUUGCCUGGCCCAUCUUCGCGACAGACGUCUGUCUAUGAGUACGAAACUGAAUUCCUGCCGAAUGACUUGAGUACUUUGCGGCAACUGGCAAGCGUCUAUGACUUUGACAUCUACGAAGAAGUCUUGUACCACGAAGCAAUUGCUGGCGAUGCCCUCGAGUUAGAUGUUUCACAGAUGUCACUGGGAGAGGUUAAACUGCGGUAUCAUCUGGAUAAACCCUUGGCAUUACUGCAUGGAACAAACUCGUUCAAUUAUCAUUGGGCAUUGAAAUCUACGAAAGAAAAUACUCCAAAUAAGAUACGCGCCACCGUAAACAUAUCUUUCGCGUUUAGCCAUCAGUACGACAUAAUUGGUUGCGACCGAGGGACACCAAGUGUGUUCGAUCCAAACGUGAGCAAGUCCCAUUGUUCAGUAAAAUCUAUGGGUAAUGGUAUAGGGGAUGUUUACGAAUGCAAUUCCCCUAUUAAAGAGGGCGUUAAGCGGGCAGGUAUUUACUGUAGACAAGACGAGGAACUGUUACCGCCUAAUUGUGAAUCUAUGGGAUACGAUCUCCACAAGAAUAGGAUGAUCUCAAUUCCUGGGUCUGUACGAAAUGCGACACCAUAUCCCAUUCGAGGGUUUCAGGUGUUCAGCUAUUUCUUCCGCGACUAUAGCCCUGUCAGUUAUGCUUACUUCUGUGUCGAUCAACGUGGGUACGAAACGUCCAGGCUUGUUGUAGAGUCACAUCAUCAUGAAGAAUUUACCUGCCGAGUACGUCACGCAAAGGUCUCUCAUACUCCCAUUCCCUACAUAUUUCUGCCGUGGAGUGAGGUUGAAUUAUCAAGUGAAGGAUCCACAUCACCCACAUCUCUUAUGCUGAAAAACAUAUCUCGAAAGUCAGUUGGUUUGCAUGUGGGUAAAACGGUGUCCAUUACUUGUGGAAUUGAGGGCAUUCGAUCUUUUCACGGGGAGUUGGAGUGUGAUUGUUUGCACCCUAGAAUAGAUGAGAACCUGCCGGCAACAUGGCUUCCAACGCAGCCUGAAGAAUUCUAUUAUUCGGUAAACAAAACUUCAGAUGCGAUUGAGCUUGUAAAGAUGGCAUACGACAAUUCACUUGCUACUACUCCAGGUGGAUUCAAAGUCGGAUACCCUAGUGACAAAAAUGGAACAAAAAAAAAUAAAUUGGUUAUGCAAACGACUCUGGACGCCAUAUUGAUUUCCAAAAAUCCGCUUCAUAAGCAAAACGUGCCCAUAACAUUCGUUUGCGGAAAAGCACCCGAGAGAUCGGAUCUGUCCAUCCUGACUGGCAACGUGUCAACCUCAAACACAUCUGCACAACCCAGCUCCCAUGUCAUGGGGUUGUCAACAGGAUACACGUGGAACGUAGUUCAAGUUAACGUCGAGACCACAGACCCCUAUAUGCAAGGAUGCGGCGUUACCUACGCGUCCACUGAGUUGUUCAAGCCUGAAACGCCCAAACUCUACGACGCUGACGGCAACCCACAGUUCGGUUGCAAGAUCGAUCUUCAAGCUGCCAAGGAAGCGGCGUUCUACUGCCCAGCGCCGUACGUCCUGGACCCACCUAACUGCUUCAGCCAGGUCUUGGUUGACGGUGAAGUAAAGAACACGCGCGACAUCAGCCAAUCCCUGGUGAUAUCACAAUCAAAUCAUUUUAUGAUUUUGUAUUCAUUCAGUGGACUCGUUGGGCCCGGAGAGAAGCUACGCCAGACGCCUCCGUUGGAGUGCCGCUGCGUCACCAUCAAGGGCGUCGUUCUCUCCACCAUACAGAUCGGGAACUAUUACUCAAAGUGA